CAGGUCGCCAUCAAGACGUGCAAACUCGAAGCUGACAGUGACAACGCUGAGAAGUUGCUCGCUGAAGCUUACAUAAUGGAACAGUUCAGUCACCCUCACAUCACCCAAUUAAUUGGCAUCUGCUCAACCUACCCCGUUCAAAUCGUCAUGGAACUUGCCGAACUUGGCGAGAUGAGGAACUUCCUGCAGCAGAACAGCAGCGGCAUCGACUACCUGAUGCUCCUGCUCUACUGCUACCAGCUCAGCACUGCCAUGUCCUACCUCGAAUCGAAACACUUCGUACACCGGGAUAUUGCGGCCCGUAACGUAUUAGUUUCCUCCGUUGAUUGCGUCAAGUUAGCAGAUUUUGGUCUUUCUAGGAUGCUGAUGGAUGAGAAUUAUUAUACAGCCUCCAGGGUCGGCAAGCUGCCGAUCAAAUGGAUGGCUCCCGAGUCGAUCAACUACAGGAGGUUCACAACUGCCAGUGACGUCUGGAUGUUCGGCGUAUGUUGCUGGGAGAUAAUGUCGUACGGUGUCAAACCGUACGUGGGGGUCAUGAACAGUGACGUCAUCAGGUUGUUGGAGUCGGGUCAGAGGUUAGGUCAGCCCAUGGCCUGCCCCAACAAUUUCUACGGCAUCCUGUGCAGGUGCUGGCAGAUGGAAGCCGAGAUGAGACCCAGUUUUGAUUUGCUACAGCGAUUGAUAAAGUGA